CAGAGAAAGUGAUCAGGAUGUAACAAAAGUUAAAAUAUAUUAGUGGGAACUGAAAGUGCUGGCUACUGGAUGUAUGGUAUGCCUUCUUGCUUCUAUGGCUGGUGCCCUAUUUACCAUUGAACAGAUUGAACUGAUUCGCCGCUUGCGAAGCAGCGGUAUUACAAAGGAACAAGUAGUACAAGCUUUUGAACAACUAGAUCGGUUAGACAUUGAAUUGGGAAAGACCAAUGGAAAUAAUGUACGUGGACAACAUUAUAGUAGCCCAACAUCUACGUCAUCACUUCACAGCACAGAGACUUCUACUCCUGAUGCUGGACAUAACAAUAGUCCUUUGGGCAUUACAAUUACAAAAGUAACAAGCUUGCCUACAACCAGUCAAGUGCCGAAUGGAAUGUCUUCAAACUCUCUCAGGUCAGAAACAGUGCCAUCUAUGCAGCCAGCCUUUAAACAAGGUGAACAGUCAUGUUCUCAAUCAUAUUCUCAACCACAAAGUAAUGGUACUUCCAAUGAUGGAAUUUCAGAUAUAGUAUCAACUAUUCCGCCAAAUGGCAAUGUUUCUCCUUCACCCAAUUCAUCUAUUACUUCCCCUACCUCAAAACUUCCAAGUGAGUUAACCAUUAUACCUCUCAGUAAUUCAUUAACCCAACCAACACAAUCUGUUAGUGAUGGCACAAUUGUUAAUAAUCCAGCAAUGUUUGCAUCGAAAUCUGAAUCAUCUGUUGGUGUACCUAUUCAGUGUUUGAUAAAUCCUCAUGAUUUACUUCAAGAUGAAUGCAAUGAAAUGGAAGAAUUGAAAAA